AUGGCGGCUGGCUUGGGGGUAGGGGGGCUGAAGAAGGAAAGGGGGCCUGCGGAGGGGGGGAGGGGGCUGCGGAAACGACCUUUCCAGCAGGAUGAUACCAGCUUUGGGAAUGAUGGCAGCAAGGCCAGGAAAACCCAGAAAGUGGACGAUUCGGGUGGGAUGUCAUACGACGCACACAGCGACAAGGCCAAGGAGAGCAUCCGGGCCAAAUGCGCGCAGUACCUGGACCGGGCUGAAAAGCUGAAGGACUACCUGCGGAACAAGGAGAAGCAGAGCAAAAAGCCUGUGAAGGAAGCCCAGAAUGACAGCAAGGGGAGCGACAGUGACAACGAGGGAAAGAAGCGGCAAGAGCAGCUGAUGGGGGCCGUGGUGAUGGAGAAGCCCAACGUGCGGUGGGGUGACGUGGCUGGCCUGGAGGGGGCCAAGGAGGCCCUGAAAGAAGCUGUCAUUCUGCCCAUCAAGUUUCCACACCUGUUCACAGGCAAGCGCACCCCGUGGCGAGGGAUCCUCCUUUUCGGCCCUCCUGGCACGGGGAAGUCCUACUUGGCCAAGGCCGUAGCGACCGAGGCCGGCAACUCCACCUUCUUCUCCAUCUCCUCCUCCGACCUGGUGUCCAAGUGGCUGGGGGAGAGCGAAAAGCUGGUGAAGAACCUGUUUGAGCUGGCCCGGCAGCAUAAGCCCUCCAUCAUCUUCAUAGACGAGGUGGACUCCUUGUGUGGCUCUCGCAAUGAGAACGAAAGCGAAGCCGCCCGCAGGAUCAAGACGGAAUUUCUAGUGCAGAUGCAGGGGGUUGGGAAUAACAACGAUGGCGUCUUGGUCUUGGGGGCAACCAACAUUCCCUGGGUCCUGGAUGCUGCCAUUCGGAGGAGAUUUGAGAAGCGCAUUUACAUCCCACUGCCUGAGGAGCCGGCCCGGGCCCACAUGUUCAAGCUCCACCUGGGGAACACCCCCCACAGCCUUACGGAAGCCAACAUCCACGAACUGGCCCGCAAGACAGACGGCUACUCAGGGGCCGACAUCAGUAUCAUCGUGCGCGACGCCCUCAUGCAGCCGGUCCGUAAGGUGCAGUCAGCUACGCACUUCAAGAAGGUUUGUGGGCCUUCCCGCACGACUCCCGGUGGGAUUGUCGAAGACCUGCUGACGCCGUGUUCCCCUGGAGACCCUGGUGCUAUUGAAAUGACGUGGAUGGAGGUGCCUGGCGACAAACUUAUGGAGCCCGUUGUGUGCAUGUCGGACAUGCUGCGUUCUCUGGCCACGACCCGUCCUACUGUCAAUGCAGAGGAUCUCCUGAAGGUGAAGAAAUUCACAGAAGACUUUGGCCAGGAGGGCUGAAGCUUUUUGCAGGGGCAACACCGGAGGGGGGGGGUUUUGGCCCAGCCCCGUGCAUCGGAAGCCUUUUCUGCCGACGGCGGGCAGUGCCAAGCAGAGGGGAGCACCCGGCUUCGUACUGCUCCUGUCUGCACUUUGGGCCCGUUCGGCUGUGGAGCGAAGGGGGGGGCGGCGACAUGCAGAGAACUAGACCUGGCCCUGCCUGACCCUUCCCUCUGGGCCCCCCGGGUUUCUCUUUUGCUCAAUCACUCUUUAAUUUAUGCUGUUUGGUUCUGUUUAUAUAAGUAAAAACACUUCCAAAGCUCUGCUGUGCCCCCCCUCCUUUCCCCAAGGCCCUCUCAGAGCCGGUACUUUCAACACGCCUCCCCAAGAAGAGGACUGGAUGGGGGGGGGGCAGGCUGUGCUCUGGAGGCUGCUGCUCACUCCUGGCAAGCAGCAAUGCUGUGCCAUGUGGUUUGCACUGGACUCGGCCCCUCUGCCCGUGAGACCCUUGCCUACCAGCUUCCUCCUGUGGCUUAGGCAGCUGGGGCAGGUGCUGAUGCGCUGCAGGGCGCUCAGGAAAAUGCUGCAUGGGAAGCUCUGCCGGCUCUUCCCAGGCAAGUGGCCAAGCUGGGUCUGCAGUGCGAGAUGCAGCGUCCGGAGGAGUCCUCUUUGGCCGGUCCCAAUGGCAGAUCUGGGGGAAUCCCGACCCUCUUUGUGGCUUCUGCCCCUUCUCAUGCCUGGAGCUUCUGCGAGCCAAGGAACGGGGGGGCCUUUGUUCCCCCCCCCCUUGUCCUCUUCUGCUCCCCACCGUGGCCUUUUGCCAUACCUGGCUGGCGAGAGAGGCAUUACCCUGGCAAUACUCUGUUGGUUUUCCAAGAGGCGAACGGUGGCCUUGUCCUGUAGUUGCCCAGCCUCUCUCCGUCAGGGACUGGGCUGCAGUCUGAGUUCUUCUGGGGAAGACUGAGGUGCUUUGGAGGGGGUGAGGGUGGGGGGAAGCUGAGGGGAGCCCCUGCUGACAGGUGGUGGGAACCACGGGCUGUUCCAGGGGUGCAGGCCCCUUUCCCUUUCUUGCCCUCUGUACAUAAUUUUAGUUGAUUCUUUUGUGGGUAAAGGGACAGUGUGGGGGGACAAUAAAAACAUUGAAAAC